CCACUUCUCAUUAUGUCCGGGUGCUGAGGUUUUUUAGUUCCUAGAGGCUGGACUUUUAGCUAGCUCAAGAUACAUACAUAUAGUUUAUCUCUUGGUCGUUGCAGGGGCUUUAAUUCACAACUGAAUCAUGGCAGUGAACACAGGAACCUCUCUAGUGCUGUCCAGUCUGCUGUCAGUGCUGGUGUUUGCUGGGAUGCAGAUGUUCAGUAAACAGCUGGGAUCUACUGAGUGGCUCACCAUCCUUGGAGGUUUCCUGGGCUCAGUCCUCUUUAUCUGCUCCCUCACCGCAUUUAAUAAUCUGGAAAACUUGAUUUUUGGGAAGGGAUUUCAAGCCAAGAUAUUCCCAGAGAUCCUUGUGUGCCUGUGCCUCUCACUGUUUGCCUCUGGUCUGGUGCAUCGUGUUUGUGUCACCACAUGCCUGAUAUUCUCUCUCUUCGCCCUGUACUACAUCAACAAAGUAUCUGCAGCUCUCUACCAAGCCGCUGUUCCCACAGCGACACCAGCCAAAGCAGCCAGCAAAGGAAAAAGGAAGAACUGAUCAAACUGUUCA